AUGGGUGAUACUUUAACUGCAGCACAGAUAAAAGGAUAUAACACAAUUUUAAACUUGACAGAUGAAGAGUUAAUCGGAGCGCUAUGUUUGGAGCCAGCAGAAUAUAAGAAGAAAACAAGUAGAAUAUAUAUAAGCAAUGAAUCUGACCGUUUUGCUGCUGGCCUAUGUGAUCCAAGAACUUCUUUUGAGUACAAACUGAACGAGAUUUUUCAAAUUGUGGAACCUCAAAAUGUUGAAUAUAAGAGAUUUGCCGUUAAAUUAAAAGUAAAAAACCAUCCUACAAAAGCAUUGAGCAAAGGGGAUAUCAAUAACAUCAAAGCUUAUCUUGAUACACGUGAAUCAGGUGAAUAUCUUAACAUAUUUAUGAAACCAGAUUUAGAUAUCUCAAAAUUUUUAAAUAAUGUGAACAGAGUUGGUUCUAUAAAAUCUGAUAAAGAAAUAAAUGAUGAUGUUUGCCAAAUUAAUAGUGAGAGAAUUCCAAGAAUUCUAAUAUUUGUUAGCAAACCUGAAUUCUUUAGAUGUUUCCUCAAAUUAUUAAGUUUCUAUUCAAACUCAUUGGAAGAAAGCUCAAGUUAUUGUUCACGACAUGUUUUGACUGGUAAAGUUAUUCAAAGACAAGAAUCAGAUUAUAUGAGCAUUAAAGAAACAGAACCUCAUCGUAACUGUGCUUACUUCUUCAGGCCAUUUAAAUUGGACCAUAACAAAUGUAUCAAUGAUGAGCUUUUAAAGAGCUUUUCAAACGUUUACGAAAACAUUGAGCUUAGAAAUCCUACAUCAACUCAUCAUCAAUUCUAUUCUAUAUACGAUAUGGACUGUGCAAAUGAUAGGAUCAAUAUCAAGACCAAUGGUAACUUGAAUGAAAAGGAUAUUUUACCAGAAUAUUCAAGCAUUCAAUGA